AAUCAACGAGGGUGAAUAAACCUAAAUAUGGCAGUUUCAGAUGCAUUAUUAACUUUGACAGUGUUGCUGUUUAAUUGUCUGUGAGGUUUUUAGAGAUACUGCUGAACUGCUCUGAACGCUGUCGGCUGUAGUAAACAGUGUGUGUAUUUACACAAUGUCAGGUAUAGGGGGUAGUAAAUCAACUGAUCCGGACAAUUUCCAGCCUGCCAAUUGCUCUUCACAGUUCAUCUCAGCUGAGCAAGCUUCAAAUGUUACGUCUAAACCAUGCCCUCCAUAUCCAUCAUCUGUCCCCGUAGCUGGAUCAGGUGUUUGUUUCAUGCCUGCAGCAAAACCAUAUGAUCAUCAGAAUGAAAGUCCAUCAACUUUUAUUCAUUCAGAUGAACAACCUAUUGUUCAAGAAACUUCAAGUUAUGAAGGAACAGAAAAUUUUGUUUUUUCGGAUAAAACAAUACGUCAUGGAUUCGUCAGGAAGGUGUAUUCCAUACUAAUGUGCCAGCUUGUGGUCACAGCUAGUUUUAUUGCUACAUUUGUGUAUGUGGAAGAAAUCAAGGGAUUCGUCCAACAAAAUCCUGUAUUUUUCCCAGUGACAUUCAUCAUAAUGUUUGUAAUGCUGAUACUUAUGAGCUGCUGUACUGAACUAAGGCGUAGAACACCAGUGAACUACAUUUUACUGGCUCUAUUCACUGUUGCAGAGAGCUUACUGUUGGGAUGUGUAGCAAUGAAAUAUGACCCUGUUGCGGUUUUAAUGGCAGCCGGUGUCUGUGCUGCUGUUUGUCUUGGACUUACAAUGUUUGCUAUGCAGACAAAAUGGGACUUCACAGUACUGGGGGGGUCACUUUUUGCUGUACUGCUAGUUCUCAUAGUGUUUGGUAUCAUUGCAAUAAUUUUUCCAUCAAGAGUAAUGUUACUGUUAUAUUCAGCAUUUGGUGCAAUACUUUUUUCUGUGUAUCUUAUAUAUGACACACAACUUAUGCUAGGUGGGAAGCACAAGUAUAGUAUUUCACCUGAGGAAUAUAUUUUUGCAGCACUUAACUUGUAUGUUGAUGUAAUAAACAUCUUUCUUUAUGUUCUUGCAAUAAUAGGUCUUGGCAGAAAAUAAUAAAUCUAAAGUCUAAGAAUUAUUUGUGCAAAUAAUGCCCAGUUAUUGGUGCUGUAGGUUCUGUUUCAAUCAGCCGAUAACUGUGUGUGCUGGUUUAUAGUUUUAUUAAUGCCUGUGCUGACAUUAGGGUUGCAGAUCUCACAAGGAAGCAUGCAUGACCUUAUAUUUUAAAGAGAAAAAGCACACUUGCAAGAUAUCAGCCCAUCAAUCGAUCGCACAUGAUAUUUUGGACCGUAAUUCUGAUAUGACCUUCUGAAAAUACAGCUUUUAAACUUUCACGUGCACCAGUUGUCCGUCACUUCCUCCGCCCCACUGCAGCUGCACUGCCCACUGCCAUGACCAAGUGUGAAGUGGAAUAGAUUUCUGGGGCUGGUAUCUUGCAAAUGUACUGUUUUCUCCUUAAAAUGUGAAGUCAACUUGGUGCUGUUUCCUUGUCAGAGAUAAUAUGUAUGUGGUUUUGUGUGUGAAAAGAAAUUUUUGUAUGAAGUGAUAAAUGUAGCUGCCAACAGGGUAGUUAGCUGCAACAACCUUUAUAAGUAACUUGUAUCUUGCAAAAAAAGCAUUCAUAAAUAUGAACAGGCAGCUAAAAGGAGACAGCAGAGAAUAAAUGAUAUGAAACAAUUUUUUGUUUAUGUGUUGCAUAUUUUUUUCAUUUAGUAUUGUUUAUCUGGUGGGAAUUUGAUUUUUAGCAUGUAUUCUUGACAUUAUUAUUCAAGCAACUCUUCACUAGAUCCUGUUAAAAGAAUUUAUUUUCCUAACUGGGGAAUGUGGGAUAAACUGUAAUGUUGCUGUUUCUAACAAAUCAUAACAUAGAGUGGAAUCUGCUAAAUGCAAAAUGAGCAGUGUAGAUCUGUAUAUGUUCUCACUGUGUCUGUGUUUGAUGGCAACAGUGAUUAGGGUAGUGGUGGGGAUAGUGAUGGCAGUGAUGACAUAUUUCUGAAUGCUGUUGCUUUGAGAGAAAAGUGUUGACAUAUAUGAAAAUUUUUGGUGUAGAGGGUAAUUAGAACAACACUGUUCACUUAACCUCAUACAUGAAUCAUUUGUGUAAUUUUAUUAAUUAUUGACUAGAAUAUUGAAAUGAAUGAUCAGAAGAGGCAAAGGAAAUAGAUUCUCGACAUUAGAACAUGAGUACUGUUUCUGCAUAGGAUUGAAAGACGAAGUGGGAGAAGUAAAUCACUGCAGUUUCUCUUCUCAUAGUCUCCUCCAAUAUAGCUCUCUGAAUCUCAUUUUUGCACCACAACAAUAGUCAUUGCUUUUUGUACAAUCUAAGGAAGAUUUUAUUUUUAAUCAUUAAAAGCUCAGCUCUUUCUCUUUGUGUGGUGGUUGUGUUUCAAGUAAACAUUAGCCCUUUCUUUAAAAGUAUUGUUGAUUAUGGAGGUAUAACGUAAAAGCAUUUUUUGCUCAUUGAAUCAUGAGUAACUCUUCUUCACAAUGGAUUGAUCUCAGAAGGUAUUAAAUGUUUUUGAUUGUACAUUAGAGGAUUAUUACAUUUAACUUCAAAUGCUAUUGAAACCUUUUAACUUUAUGUGAUUCAAUGCUAAUAGUUAUUUAAUUUGGUUUCACUGUGAAUUUUGUGAUCAGGACGUACAAGAGUUUAAUUUAUUGAUUUGAUAAAGGACAUUUAAGAUAUUUAGGGUAAUUUUGACAGAAGAUUCAUUUCUUGCCACAAACUGAUAUUACAGUGGUGAGUUAGGUUCCCAAAGCAUCACAGCAGUUUGUUUUAUCUAUUAUCUUAAAUGAGAGCUGCCCUGAUACCUACUGAAAGUUGGUAGAUUGUGCUGGAUUUGUUUUUGUUAUAGGACUGAAGAUAAUUAUUUUUAGAUACUUUUAAUAAUGCAGUUGUGUGAUUUAUUAGAAGGCUGGAGAAAAAUGAUACUACAGAGUGCCUUAUAAUCCAAGUGGUAAUCAUUGUUGCAAAAUACAGCAUUACUCUGAUGUUUUUAUUUACAUUUACUGUUUAUCAGCAUUCUCUCUAUUUCUGAGUGUUUUUAUUUGAAAUUGCGAUCAUUUCUUAGUUGUUACUGUAAUUUCUUUAUUGUUUUAUUAUUUUGUAUCAGUUUACAACUGUACUGUGACUUUUACUUCAUCAUGUGAUAACUUUGUUAAUACACCGAACAUAGAAGUGUCAUAACUGUGUUGUGAUAUGUCUCUUUCAUUCCAUAACAAUAAAAAAAAUAUUGUAUUUGUAUCAUAAAGGUUAAUAUGAAUGGCUUAUAGAGAAGA